AUGGCGAACGCUUCCUUGGUGCUGCCGCUGCUGCUUGUGCACGUCGUCCUCGCCGCGUUCUUGCAUUCCUGCACGGCCCAGACCCGCGUUGCAAACAUCUCGGCCGUUGAGGCCGCCGUCCGCGACCGCGCAUUAGAGCUGCUCCGCCGCACGAGUCAGCUCGUGGACGUGCCCCUUCCGGGGAACCUCUCCGGCGCGGGCGUCGAGGCCUCGGCGCUGCGCGUUCGCAGCAACGCGCUCUGGACCGACGGCGUCAACGCCACCGGCUUCACCAUCCCGCCGCGCGUCGUCCCGGCCCCGUUCGCGCGCCGCGUCGCCAUCAUCUUCGAGCGCUUCGACGUCGGAAACGGCAGCUCGACGGCCGUUGCAGCGCUCUUCGCCGCGCCGCCCGGGUACGCGCUGGCCGCGCCCGUGGCUGGCCUCCUCGCGUUCGACGCGUCGGCCGGGCCCGACGCUCGGGUCUCGCUCCGGGCGCUCGGCGCGCCGGUGUACGUCGAGUUCAAGAACGUGUCAUCAGCGAAGGGGUUCAACACCACUACCGCGAGGUGCCUGACCUUCGCGGCCAGCGGGGAGGUCGUGGCCACGUACGCUGUGGUGUCGAGCUCAGCGUGCGCGGUGCCCGGCACGGGGCACUUCGGUGUUGCGGUGCGGGCACCUGAGACGCCGCCGCCAGCCUCGGCCGUGAGGGAGAGGUGGUGGGCGUGGACGGUGGGAGUCGGCGCCGGUGGCGUGCUGGGGGCCAUCUUCUUGGCGCUCUCUGUGGCUGGCGCAGUGAGGUGGAGCAGGAGGCGGAGGAGGGAGGAGAUGGAGCGACGGGCAAUGGCAGGGGAGGAGCUGGGACGGAUGACGGUGCACGGGAGCAGGAUGCCAUCGGCGAAGGUGGUGAGAACGCAGCCGACGGUGGAGGAAGGGAGCCCGCUGCAGUGGCAGAAGGCGUAGCUGAGCUCCCCCCGGAGUUGCACCUGCCGGCGGCAGCUUUAAUCGUGUGAGUUUUUUUCUUCAUGCUCCGCUUUUGUUUUAGGUGCAUUUUCAGCGUACAAAUUUUCUCUUUUAGAUUUUACCGCGUACCCUACUUGAACAGCACAAUGUACUUUGUCCAAACUUUUCCCAAAUUUCAAAUGCAAUUGAAAUGGAGGUUUUGCAGUAAAAAAAGCGCGAUUAUGCAGUACAUUGCAAUACUUCAUUCACUCUCAUCCUAUGGUUAUUACAAUUUCUCCAGAACAGAAACAGAAAAUAUUUAGUGCCAUUUUAUUUAUUCAUUUUUGCAAUUUAAUAAACUUUUUGCUGACAUUAAGUACUCAUAGGGGAUGCAUAC